GUUUUACUGACUGUAUGCACCUACUUCUGGGUGAUGAAACGUUGUUGCAUCCUAUUGACGCGUAACGUGGGUGGGUGCAACGGCUGCAAAAGAUCCCUUUGAUAACAAAGGCUAUGAAGAAGAAGACGUGUUGUGUUGUCUUGGUGGGUGACCAGAAAUGCGGGAAGACGUCGUUGUGCAAAGCGUACCUUGAAGGAAGCUGGCAGAAGUCAACGCUAGGGACGACGGAAUACUUACCGACCAUCGAUGCCACGUACAAAACAAACGUCGAAGUUGGACAGAAACAGAUACAGAUGACAAUCCGAGACACAUCAGGGCAAGAAGCAUACGACCGUCUCAGACCGCUGUCAUACACCGAUUGUGAUGUUAUUGCUGUAUGUUUCGAUGUCGGCAAUCCCGCCUCGCUGGAGAACGUCAGAGUUAAGUGGCACCCCGAGACGAUUUACUGUUGCCCUCAUUCGUCUACAGUCCUAGUUGGAUGCAAGGCAGACGCGAGAGGUACCAAACGGCCUGGAGCUGCAACAAUUGUCCGGAAGAAUGAGUGUCAGCAAAUGGCAAAAACUAUUGGAGCUUCUGACUAUGUUGAAUGCUCAGUCUUGGAUGAAUCAUCUCUUUCUCAUAUUUUUGAGACCAUUGCCAGGGUGGCAAAGCGACAGCAUAAGACGAAACGAACGGGUUGGUGGAGAGCAGUGAAGAGAAAGAUAUUUUCCAAGUAGCUGUGGAGUCAUCUGGUCCAUGCAUCCAUCCACUACACAACCCAGUCAAUAUCUGAUUGUCAUUAUUCAGGAUGUAAUAAUUAAUAUUGCACAGUUGGCUACUGUGUUGUUGUAUAUCACUGCUAAGCAGUUUCUGAAAAAUUAAGGCAAUUGACAAACAGCCUGGACUCCCAUGAAUCUUUUUUACAUCAGUAGUAUCCUAUUUUUUAGUAUACAUUUAGGAGAAAGAGUUUUGAGUGUACUAAUACUGUAUUGUUUAUUGGAGUAUCAAAGGAUCAGUAUAAAGUAUGCUUGCCAUACUAUCUACAGAGUCUAGGAAAUUCUAUUAGUGAAGUU